AUGGCGGUCGCCACAUCUGCUGACAGUCCCGUCAAGCAGCAGCUCGUGGAUAAGCUGCCAAAGCGGUUCAAGGGCAUCAAGUUUGGUAUCCAGUCCAAUCAAGAUAUUGCCAACCAAGCUGUUCUCGAAGUUUCCGACCGUUUGCUCUACGACAUUGAGAAUAACCGCGCUCCAUAUCGCCAUGGCCCUCUGGACUCUCGACUGGGCACAUCGAGUAAACAAGGAAGAUGUUCGACUUGCCAAGAAUCUCUGAAGGAUUGCAAUGGGCAUUUUGGUCAUGUCCGUCUUCCUUUACCUGCCUUCCAUGUGGGCUAUCUUCGCUUUAUUAUGUCAAUUCUCCAGGAAAUUUGCAAGGACUGCGGCCGAGUCUUGCUCGAAGAGCCCGAGCGACAACAGUUUCUCAAGGAACUGAGACGACCGUUUUUGGAUAACUUGCGACGAACCCAGAUAUGCAAAAAGAUCAACGAGCAGUGCCGGAAGAUCAAGACAUGCCCUUACUGUGGCUCUCUAAAUGGUCAAAUUCGGAAGAUCGGUGUUCUCAAGCUUGCUCACGACAAGUUUGUUGCUUACAAUAAAUCAACUGCUGUAAAGAAAGUCCCGCCAGAGAGUAAGAUCAAAUUCGACAACUCCUUCAACGAGGCAAAACGCGAGAACCCAGAGCUGGACAAACACCUUAGGAAGGCUAUGGAGGACCUAAACCCCCUCAGAGUUCUCAAUCUCUUCAAGAUGAUCAGUCCUACCGACUGCGAGCUUCUCGGUCUGGAUCCUGCAGAAGGACGGCCAGAGAUGUUUAUCUGGCAAUUCCUGCCCGCUCCUCCUGUUUGUAUCAGACCAUCCGUCGCUCAAGACAACGCGAGCAACGAGGACGACAUCACGACCAAACUAGCUGAUAUCGUAUGGGUUAGCGGUAUGAUUCGGUCUGCUCUGCAGAAAGGAUCUCCAGUACAAACCAUCAUGGAACAGUGGGAGUAUCUACAGACUCAGAUCGCCAUGUAUGUCAAUAGUGAUGUUCCUGGCCUUCAACAGCCCGGGUUUGGUAAAGCCACGAGAGGUUUCUGCCAGCGUCUGAAGGGCAAACAAGGUCGCUUCCGUGGCAACCUUUCUGGAAAGCGUGUUGACUUUUCAGGAAGAACCGUCAUCUCCCCCGACCCUAACCUUGGUAUUGACCAAGUUGCUGUGCCACAACUAGUUGCGAAGAACCUGACCUACCCAGAAAGGGUUCAGCGACACAACCUCGAGAAGCUUCGCCAAUGUGUCAAAAAUGGACCAGACAUUUGGCCAGGAGCUCAGCGGGUCAUCAAGUCAGAUGAAGGUGGCUACUUACAAUCUCUUAAAUUCGGCAACAGAGAGUACAUAGCUCGAGACCUCAAGUUUGGCGACAUUGUUGAACGGCACCUCGAGGAUAACGACAUUGUUCUCUUUAAUCGUCAGCCUUCUCUGCACAAGCUAAGUAUCAUGAGCCAUCUCGCCAAAGUUCGCCCCUGGAGAACCUUUAGGUUGAACGAAUGUGUUUGUGGACCUUAUAAUGCCGACUUCGACGGCGAUGAAAUGAACCUUCAUGUGCCACAGACAGAGGAGGCUCGUGCUGAGGCCAUCAAUCUGAUGGGCAUAAAGCACAACCUAGCCACCCCAAAGAAUGGCGAACCCGUCAUUGCUGCUACUCAGGACUUUAUCACAGCAGCUUUCCUGCUCAGUAGCAAAGACCGGUUUUUUGACCGCAAGACCUUUACCUAUCUCUGUAUGCACAUGAUGGAUGGGAAGACACACCUGGACAUGCCACCUCCAGCCAUUAUUGCACCUCAAUCGCUCUGGACAGGCAAACAACUCUUUAGUAUGCUCAUGAGACCCAACAAGGACUCACCUGUCAAGGUUAAUCUUGACGCAAAAUGCAGAGCUUACAAAGCGCGACCUGGCCAAUGCCCCGAUAUGGACCCCAACGACGGAUGGCUUGUUGUCCGCAACUCGGAAGUCAUGUGUGGUCGCAUGGACAAGUCUACUGUCGGAACUGGCAAGAAAGAUUCAAUCUUUUACGUGAUUCUCCGUGAUUUUGGACCAGACGAAGCUGUCAUUGCCAUGAACAGGCUGGCUAAACUAUGUGCGCGGCAACUCACAAACCGAGGAUUCUCGAUUGGCGUGGGAGAUGUUUUCCCGACGGAAUCACUAAACAAAGAGAAGGAGAAACUUGUUGCUGUUGCCUAUAAACAGUGCGAUGACCUGAUCGAAACAUUCAAGGCAGGAAAGCUUGAGAAAGCUGCCGGCUGUAACCAGGAACAGACGCUCGAAAACUCCAUGUCCGGUAUUCUCAGCAAGGUUCGACAGCAAGCAGGUUCUUAUUGUGUCGACACAUUGAGCCGUAACAACGCCCCCCUUAUCAUGGCCAAAUCCGGAUCGAAAGGUUCAGAUAUCAACGUGGCGCAGAUGGUUGCUCUUGUUGGGCAACAGAUUAUAGGCGGUUCACGUGUUGCGGAUGGUUUCCAGGACCGAACGCUUCCGCAUUUCCAUAAGAACGCUCGACAACCCCCGUCGAAAGGAUUCGUCAAGAACAGUUUCUACACCGGCCUAUUCCCCACCGAAUUCAUCUUCCACGCCAUGUCAGGCCGUGAGGGAUUAGUCGACACGGCUGUCAAGACCGCCGAGACUGGUUAUAUGUCUCGGCGAUUAAUGAAAUCGCUCGAAGAUUUGUCUACUCAAUACGACGAUACUGUCCGGACGUCCGGAGGCGGGAUUGUUCAGUUUCAGUUUGGUGCAGACAAGCUUGACCCUGUGGAUAUGGAGGGCUCGGCAGAGCCAGUUCAUUUCCAACGGACAUGGACCCAUGCGGAGAGUUUGACAGUGGAUAACAGCGAGACCUCUAUGACACCAGAGGAGAUUCGAUCCUUUUGCGAUAGAGUGCUGGAAACUGAACGGCGGCGUUAUGUCAGGCACGGGUUACUGCAUAAUGAGAUUUUGGAUUACGGAGAUACGAGUGAUUAUGGUAUCGAUGAGCAUGAGGGUGCUCGAGGAUUCCUCAAAGCGAUUGAACGACAUGUGGAAGGGCUGGCGUCAAAAUUGGAGACCGUACGAAAGUUGGCUGGAUUCAAAGAUGGUGCCAUGGUAAGGUCGACUGCUCAAGAUCACGCGGACCGAACUGCCAAGGUGACGCUGUCAACUCUUCGGCUCUUCAUCAAGAUGUGCCUGGAAAAGUACAAGAAGGCGCAUGUUGAACCCGGACACGCUGUUGGAGCUGUUGGAGCCCAUUCAAUUGGUGAGCCGGGCACCCAAAUGACACUCAAAACAUUCCACUUUGCUGGUGUCGCAGGUAUGAGUAUCACGCAAGGUGUUCCCCGAAUCAAGGAAAUCAUCAACGCGUCAAAGGCAAUUAGCACACCUGUCAUCACAUGUCCUCUCGAAAACAACGAGCAAAUCGAGGCAGCUCGAGUUGUGAAGGGACGAAUCGAGAAAACCUACAUCUCGGAUGUUCUGCGGUUUGUUGAAGAUGAAUGGCGCACUACAGAAGGCAACGUUGUUCUACAAAUUGACUCCGCCGCUCUUUCAGAUAUGCACCUUGGCAUUGGCCCCUACGAUAUUGCUGAGGCUAUUUGCAAGCAGCGCAAACUCAAGGUGCAAAGAGAUGACCUAUCGAUCGAUGGGGAGCGUAUUAUCGUUCGCGUACGGGACGUGACCGAUCCGGCGACGAAGAGGACUACGGCUCGCAGCAAAGCUGCCGCCGCUGAGACUGGAGACAUGCUGUUGAGGGCCAACUUCUUGCGCCGCUCACUUCCCAAUGUCCCCAUCUCAGGUUAUCCUGAAGCCACGAGAGCAAUCAUUCAAACAUCGGAACAGAGCACUCAUACUGUGCUUGUUGAAGGCUACGGUCUCCGGGAAUGUAUGACGACAGAGGGUGUUAUUGGCACAAAAGCCCGUACCAACAAUGUCAUGGAGUGUCGGGAUGUACUUGGUAUCGAAGCAGCCAGAACCACCAUUGCUGACGAGAUUGGUGAGGUGAUGGGGGAUAUGGGCAUCGAUCCGCGACACAUGCAACUUCUUGCCGACGUUAUGACCUACAAAGGUGAAGUUCUCGGCAUCACUCGUUUCGGGCUGUCCAAGAUGCGCGAUAGCGUUCUACAGUUGGCUUCGUUCGAGAAGACCCCGGAUCAUCUCUUUGAAGCUGCAGCUGGCAUGAAGACCGAUCAAAUUGAGGGUGUCAGUGAGUGUAUCAUCAUGGGACAAACAAUGUCGGUCGGCACUGGUGCAUUCCAAGUUGUUCGUCGCUUAGGUAUAAGGGAGGGAGAUAUCAAGCAGAAACCGACGCUGUUUGAGGAUGCGUGGACAGAGGAGACGGCACUUAAGCGCAAGGCUCGCCGAAAGGCCUGAGAACAAAACUGUAUCUACUGUACUGGAUUAUCCUGCGUGGCGUGAUGGAUGCAUGCCGAUAUAGCGAUACCAUAAGAAUUUGUUGUUUUAGCACUGGGGCGAAAAAUUUAUAACAUUAUGAGCCUUCUUUUAUGAGACGAAAGAAGAUUCGUAAAUCAGUGGUAAAUUACCCCUUGUUCUUUUAGAGGUCACAUAUCUCU